GCAUGGCGGCUUCAUUCAUCCCCAAAGUUCCCACCUGGUUCCGUCCCUGCAACUCCGAGGGUCCAGUGGUCUUUGCCGGGGAAGCUCUGUUGGCAGAGGUGGAGCACAUCUGUUGCUAUGUUCUGAUCAGCAUGUGGCUGGCCUGGAUCGUGUGGUUUACCUGGCAAGCGCGGCAAGCGCAACGUUUGGACCCCGUGGAGAACAUGCAAAGCCGCGUGCCAGUGAAAUUGCAGGGUCGUCAGCAUGCACCUCAAGGCUCCUGCGAGGCCAGUGUCGAGGGCUUGGCGCCGAGUCUUUCCAUUGUGGCGCAAGAAGAGAAAAAACGUACCAAGAGACCAAGUCUACUUGUGGCCCUGGGGAUUGUGGAGGACAAAGAGAAGCAUGAAAAGCAAGGUUAGACAUUGGACGGCAAGAUAUGCCAUGGUGGAGGUUCAAGGCAUGCACCAAGUGUUGCAUUUGUCUACGGACCAAGAUAGUACAUUGCAGUUGUAGAA